GAUUCAAAUGAUUUUAAAAGGGCAUCUGUUCGCUGUAUGUAAACAAUUUGACCCAUAGGCGGCAGUAGUGAGAUAAAGGCUUUAUUUUUCCUACAACUAAUGAAAACGUUCGAACGACCGACGUGGAUUGAGUAGAUCUAUAGACCAUGUGUUCAGCCAUCUUGUAUUACUUCAGGACGCUGUCGAUGCUUUAUAGAUCAACGAAAUCUGUGAGCGCAGCAACUGUUUGGAGAAGUGAGCGACCGCCGCCGAGCCGCGGCAGCAACGUUAGUGGCUACGUGUAAAUUCUGGGGCAAAAUGGCAGAUAGAAAGAAUAACAAUGCUCCCAACAACAGUGCAAAUUUACUGUUCAGCGCGGCUCCGGAGUUUAACUUCAACCUGCCUUUCAUGCCGGUGAGUCGGGCCACUGGUCCGGCGGUGUUGUCAGGAGUUGAUUCCACUGAUGUCGGAGAAGAAGACAGCUUCCUCGGUCAGACCUCUGCGAACGGGCCGCCCCCCUCUACGUUCAACUACUUCUCCAGCCCCGUGACCAGCAGUGACCCGUUCGCCGCCAUCGGCCAGUCGCCAUGCCCGCUGCCGGCCCCCUCUACGGCGCCGUCUGCGGCCCCGACACCAAUGGGCCCCGCGUCCUUUCCCAGCGGUGCCGCCAUGGCUCCGCAACCCCCGCCGGGCUCGCAAAUGAAUCCGGCGCCCCCCGCGUUUGGCGCUGCAGUUUACCAGAGUCCCGUGGGGCGUCACACUCCUCCCCCCCACACGAUGACCCCGCCGCCUCCGCAGAUGCAGCCACAGAGUCACAACCCGUACCGACACACGCCGAUAAGCAGCAGAGCCAGUCCGUACAUGCCGGCUCCAGAGGUCCUGCCUCUGAUGCACACACCUCAGCAGAACCCGUACGCCCUCAGCUCUCCGCCACAGACGUUCCCGCUGUCGGGGCCCACGUUCACAAAACCUCCUCCCACACAGUUUCAAGGUCCUCCGCCUGCAGCCGCCACUAGUGGAGCGAUAGUCCCUGCUGGUCCCAUGAUGCCGUACAAUUACAAUGUCUACGAGGCUGUUCAGCCUCACUGGUUCUACUGCAAGCAAGUGGAAUCAAAGAGCGUCUGGCUUCCGUUCAGUAUCAUUGACUCGCUUCAGCUAGAGGAGACGUACAACUCAGUUCAACCAGACCCAGAAAAUGUGAUCAUACGAACCGACGGAGGUCGGUACGACGUGCAGCUCUAUGACCGCCUGCGGACUGCGGUGUACUGGCAAGAGGAGCCCACAGAGGUCCGGCGCUGCAGUUGGUUCUACAAAGGGGAUACGGAUAGUCGCUUUAUUCCUUAUUCUGAGGAGUUCAGUGACAAGCUGGAGGCGGAAUAUAAGAAAGCUGUGUCGACCAACCAGUGGCACCGUAGGCUGGAGUUCCCAUCAGGAGAGACCAUUGUGAUGCACAAUCCAAAGGUGAUUGUGCAGUUUCAGCCCUCCUCCAUGCCAGACGAGUGGAGCACCACUCAGGAUGGGCAGACCAGGCCCAGGGUGGUGAAGAGAGGCAUUGAUGAUGACCAUGACGAAGUACCAGAUGGUGAGCUCGCGAAGGUGGAUCAUCUGGUGUUCAUGGUUCACGGCAUCGGUCCUGUGUGCGACCUGAGGUUUCGGAGCAUGAUCGAGUGUGUGGACGACUUCCGCAGCGUGUCGCUGAAGCUGCUGCACAGUCACUUUGACAAAGCGCUGGAUGAGCACGCCAUCAGCAGGGUGGAGUUCCUCCCCGUCCAGUGGCACACGGCACUACAUGGAGAUGCCACGGGGGUGGACAGGAGGAUAAAGAAGAUCACGUUGCCCAGCACUGGACGUUUACGUCACUUUACAAAUGAGACGUUGUUAGAUGUGCUCUUCUACAACAGUCCCACUUACUGCCAGACCAUCAUGGACACAGUCGCCCAGGAGAUUAACAGACUUUAUGCCCUGUUCAUGACGAGGAACCCGGACUACCGAGGAAGCACGUCAGUGGCCGGACACAGCUUAGGCUCCUUGAUUCUCUUUGACCUUUUGUCGAAUCAGAAGAGUGGCUCUUCUGCACCAGCCGUGCCAAUCGUCCCCGCGGCUAACGGAGACGCCCAACAGGCGGAAGCCCCCGCUGGUGUCGCCCCUCCAGCUGUGGAAGAGAAGCCCAAAGAAGACUGGGAGGAGUUUGAGGAUAUUUCCGCCAUGCUGGAGCACCUGGGCUUGUCUGAGUACAAGAACACCUUUGAGGAGGAGAAGAUCGACAUUGAAUCUUUUCUCAUGUGUACGAUUGAGGACCUGAAAGAGAUGGGCAUCCCACUCGGCCCCAGGAAAAAGGUCGCCAAGUUCGUCAAAGAGAGGGUGACGAAGCAGGCGGCACGUCAAGCAGCCCUAGAGAAGGCGGCGGAGGUCAGUCAGGCCGCGGCGCCCCCACCAGCAGCUGGAGCUGCUCCCGAUCUGUCGCUGAAGACGCUUCCGGCGGGCAACUCCGUACACGUCGAUUACAACUACUUUGAAGUGGGCACUGGGCAGGUGUCAGUGGUUUACCACUCCCUGGACUUUGAGCCCAUUCAUUUCUUUGCCUUGGGUUCACCGAUCGGCAUGUUUCUGACUGUCCGAGGCCUGGAAAAGAUCGAGGAGACGUACCAGCUGCCCACGUGCAAAGGAUUCUUCAACAUUUACCACCCGUUGGACCCAGUGGCAUACAGGAUCGAGCCCAUGAUAAUCCCAGACGUGGACUUUAAGCCUGUUCUGAUCCCACACCACAAAGGGAGGAAGAGGCUCCAUCUCGAGCUGAAGGAGAGCCUCACCAGGAUGGGCUCCGACCUGAAGCACGGUUUCAUCAGCUCCCUGAGGAGCGCCUGGCAGACGCUCAAUGACUUCGCUCGCGCUCACACCUCCUCCGCCCAGCUGCAGGCCGAGCUGGCCAUGGUAGCCAAUCAGAUCGAAGAAGAGGAGAAGCAAGCGCAGGAGGAACACAAGAUCCCAGAUAUCCCCGAGCCUCCGAAAGAGGAGGAGCCUCAGAUAAAGGUCGGGAUGCUGAAUGGAGGGAAUCGCAUCGACUACGUGCUCCAGGAGAAGCCGAUAGAGAGUUUCAACGAGUACCUGUUUGCCCUCCAGAGUCACCUCUGCUACUGGCAAUCUGAAGACACGGCUCUACUCCUUCUUAAAGAGAUCUACAAGACCAUGGGCAUCCAUCCAGAGCAGCUAGCACACUGACACGCCCGAGGACCACAGACGAAAAUAAGCCUGAGACUUUCCCUUUUGGUUUAUUUCAUGUCAGUUUACCUGGUUUUUAUUUUCUAUUAGUGUCGUUUAUUGUAUGCAGAUGAAUAAUACAAUCGUAUUAUGCCAUUUGUCUUAAAUUAAGAAACAUACAAAUGAGCCUUGUAAAGAAAGGCAUGUUUGAUAUUAUUUUAUAGUAUAAAUUAUAGAACUGAUCAAGUUUACUCAAUAUGCAUCAAAGCAAAUGCAAAAACACAAUCAGCAGUUAAUGAAGCCCUGUUUUAUUUAAUGGACAAAAUAAAUCAUUUCCAUCCUUGCUCAUUUUCACUUGUGUGCUGCUGAGAUGAGGACAAUGUUUCUACAAAAAGCUGUAACAUUAGCAAAACAUUAAUUGAAAACAGGAUGAGAUGCAAGAAAAGGCUGCUUUGAAAGAAAAAAAUGAAGCACUUCUUCCUGUUAAUGUGGUUUUAACAGCUGUCCUCAGUAACGUCACACCUCUAACACCGCAACAUCCACUCAUGAGAUGGAAUACAUUUUAAAAACAUUUCAUGUCAAGCAUGAAGUCUUGCACAACUCGCAUGUAUGAAACAAAAUUAGAAAAGUAUUUACACGUGUAGCUUUAACAUUCAAAUACAGUCCAGUAUUGGAAAUCCUAACGUAGUGAGUCACUCACCGGGCAGAAAUGACUAGUGCUGUUAAUGUUUAGACAAUAAUACUGUCCCACACAGACCUGAUAGCGCUGCAUGCUAUAAGCUAAUCUUUGCUCCUGGCUAUUAAAUCAUGCUUCUCUGUAGAACUCAUCACAAAGAAUAGUGACUCACAUUGAACACAAAAUGACUUCCCUUUUUGUCCAAUAAACUAUAAAUAAUAUUAACAGACCGGUUGUGGGUCAAAUGACAUUGUUUAUCCUCCAUUUGAACAAAGUGCAAUUUAUUUUUCCUUUUCUCAAUAGUAAAUAAAUAAAUGUAGUUUGAGUUUUUA